UCUCUCUUUUCUCCUCCUCCCUCUCUGACUUAUCUGCUUUCAGCAUCAUAUUUUUCUUCCUUCUUGAGUCAGUGAGCUGUCGGUCUCUUAUGGUUUUCAGUUUAGUCAUUUUAAUAUUCCACAACCUUUAAGAUGACCAAAGUGGCUCCGAACCAUCCUGAUGUCACAGCCCUGGCCGCUCCCCCUUCACCAUUAUUCACCAGCGGGCAUGUAUCUCCUUCUCAAGCAUCAUUCGGUCACAACGGUCGACCAGAGCUGUCAGAGCUGCUGCAGGAUAAGGAACGUCGUGUGCAGCAGCACCUGGUGCGCUGCGCAGAGGAGAGAGGAAGAAAGAUGGAGGAGCAGAGGAAGAAGGAGCAGCAGCGCAGAGCUGCUGUUGAGGAGAAAAGACAGCGGCAACAAGAGGCAGAGAAGGAGAGACUGGAGGCCCUGGUUCGCCGGAGAGCCGGUGGUACUGAGAGGAGAGCAAGAGGAGGAGGAGGGGGAGAUACAUUGGAGGCCCAGGACCACCUGGAGACGAGGCCCAAGCGUUGGACGUGGGGAGGACCUCCAGAAGGUGCAGAAGGUAACCCUAAGACCCCACUCUACCAUGCCAUUGGCUCAGCACAGCCCAAUGAGCGUCUUGCUGCUUCCAGUGCCAACCAAUCCCGUAACGUUGUUGACUUCCUGACCCCGCCCGCCUCAGAUCAGCCGAUCAACAAACAGCUGUCCAGCUCUUCCGUUGCUCUCCACUCACCUGAGAGAGUGUCUGUUAUGUCCCGUCGUACAGCUUCUUCCAACAACCACAGACCCUACAGAAGUACCUCCAACCGCAGGAGCAUUGCUGCAUUCCCGGAAGACACAUCAAGAGCUAAAACGCCCACGGCAGAGUUUCCAAACACACCGGUUCGCAGUGCCUCUUUCAAAGCAAACAGCAAAGGCCCCACCACACCAAAAAGGGUUAGGUCAACCAGGAAUCGCGCUGAGUCGCCCUGCUCACCUGGCCAGUACCCCUCCUCGCCUCUCCGUCAGAGGGCCAUUACCCCCACUAAUGAUGACAGAGGCCAUACUGAGGUCAAAGGUCAUGGAACCUUGGACAGGAAAUCCACCAAAACUGAAAACAUGGAGAAAAAGAUUACCAAAUCCACCAGCAGAGAACUGGCAGCAGAGUCACCCGGCACACCUACAGGAAGGAGUGUCGGUGGGACGACGGAUGCUGAGGAGGCGACCAGGUUGCUGGCUGAGAGAAGGCGCCUGGCCCGAAUACAAAAGGAGCAAGAGGAGAGACAGCGACAGGAAGAGGAGAGGCUGAGAGCCGAAGAGGAGCAGAGGAGACAAGAGGAGGCACAUAAACGUCAGGAAAGAGCUGCACAGCAGGCUGAGGAGGAGCGGGCGAGGCGGGAGGAAGAGAGGAGGUGCAGGGAGGAAGAGGAGAGAAGGCAGAAGGAGCAGCGGUGGAAGGACAUGCAGGACGAGCUGGACAGAGAGAGGGAAGAGGCUGCCCUGCGAGCCCAAAGAGAGGCUGAGAGGAAGAGACAGGAGAGAGAGCUGCAGCACAUGCAGGAGGAGCAGGAGAGACUGCAGAGGAAGAAGAGAAUUGAGGAGAUUAUGAAGAGAACACGGAAGAGUGAAGUGGAACCUCCAUCUGCUGUCACAGCACUUGAAGAGAGAGUUGAAGCUGCUGUGACUGUAAAGGAUGAUGGUCAGACUCCUGCUGAAGCGCCCGUCAUCCUGCUGGGACCCAUGGAGAACAAGACCUGUGUGGACGAGCUGUCAGAUGGAGUGCAGUCCAUGGAUGUCAGCUCUCCGUCUGUCUCCAUCAGUCCAGUGUCCAGAGAUGAGCAGGCAAGUGCUCACGAGUUUUCUCCGGUCACAGAGGCUCCAGACGGCAACAGUAAAGUCUGCUCCUUGGAGCAUCUGAUGGAACUCGAUGUCCAGCCUCAAGGUGCAGAAACGCCCCCCUUCCGAGAGCUGCAGGCCGGCAGUGGGGCGGCUCUGGGUGACCUCAACAAGAACCUACUGCUCCAAGCUUGCAGUGCUGCCUCUGAAUCCUCCCAACUUAUCCAUAGCCUUGGACCGGGCAAGCUGGAUGUGAAGUAGGAAGGGGUGUGGCUUUAUCAGGGAUGUGGCAGCACUGACACUAACUGGAGCCAGGAGGAGCAGGCCGAGAAACCACCACAGCAACAUUUCUACACACAGCGAAGGCAGAGUGCCGGAUUCUUCAUCUGCAUUAGCAAAUGCAUCUCCCCAGUAUACUGAAAACACACACGUAACCUUCUGAUCACAUUGUGGAGCAAAGCAAAUGAGGAAAAAAAGACUUUUAAAAAUACAUUACUGCAUUGCAAGAUUUAGCAAAUUACUGUAUGUGAAAAUUACUUGUUGAAAUAAUUAUAUGACAGAAAGAAUCAAACGCAGCAUAGUUGUUUGUCAUGUAAAGUGGUUAUCUGUAGGAUAAUGAAACAUCUAUCGGGUUGCAGUGAGGCGUUGGGUGUUUUUAAGUCGGAGUUUGCAGCUUUAACAAUUUGGUCAUAGUUAAUUUAGGUUUUGGUCUGAUCUUGACCUUGUUCAUAUUAUAAAAUUGCUGGGUUUUGAAUCCACACUUGUAAACCAACUCUCCAUUUAUCGAUUACACAUUUGUAUUUUAAAGUAUCUCACAUAGGUUUUGUGACACCAGGCAGGAUCUUUUUUUUUUUAGUACUGGUUAUGUUUUUGCAGCUAACAUCUGAAAUCCACACUGAUGUCCAACAUCUUUCUUCCACCUGCUCCUAAUGAAGGCAAUUUUGUCCAUCUACUUUUCCACUAAGUCUCACUCCAGUAUCAUCUGCUUUUGUCUCGUCCCUGCCUUUGAAAACUCUGUAAAUAGAUCUGAGUGGGUGUGGUCACAGAGGAGAGUCGUGGCUCUGCAGCAGUUUAUCCCAGAAACAGUCAGACCGAUGCUGGUGUGUGAAUCCUCUGUAGCAUCUUCAGCGAGGACUCGCCAGUUAAUAAACUGCGGCGAUAGUUGUGUUCUUCUGGGAAUUCCUCUCUCUGUCAGUGCUUUUGAUGGUUAUGUGUGUUAAAUCACUGCUUCAUCUACUGCUGGCAGCCACCCUGUUUGAAGCCCAAACCCAGUCUGCUGUGGGUUUUGACAGCCUGAGUGCAGAAAACACCAGACACUGACACUGUAAUUCUCUAGUUAUCCUGUAGCUUUGUUUUCUCUGCUGCAUAUCAUGUGACCAGUGGACUUUUUGAGGAUGUGCAACUGUCCACAGUGAGUACAUGAAGAAAGUAUGAGCGUGCAGAAAGGGGAUAAAAAUCUGAACUGUCAAAUAGCCUGUAUUUUAUCGGCAGGUCAGGAAAAAUGUUGACACGCUGUGUUGUGUAUUUGUUUGCCACGCACUAACUGCACUAGUUGCAGUCAAAAGUGUGCACUUAGUUGUGUGUUUCAUUGCUCUGCUUGUAUCUUCACCUCAUAUGAAGCUGGAUGGGCUGUUCUUUUAAUAUAACUAAUUAUAAAUUAUACCCUGCAAUUAAAAACACAAAAACAGA